UCUUCCGGAUUCGGCGGUCAGGAGAUUUGAAGGGACUAGUUGAAUUGGCUUCUAGUUAGUUUGCGUUUUUCCUAAUCAGUUCAGUGUACUGAUAGUUGUCGGUUAAGAUAGUGCCGUAGCUAACUAACUAAAAUAAUAAAUAGAACCUCAGAAAAUAAAGAGGUCAUCCCUUGCAAAAGAACCAAAUAAUCUAAACUCGUGAACGACAUGGCUGCUGUUGACAGUUUUCAGCUAUUGUAUCGAGAAAUUGCUCGGUCGUGUAAUUGUUAUGUAGAAACAUUGGCCUUAGUGGGCGCAUUUUAUACGGCUAGUAAAGCUGUAGUCUUUGCUCGGGACUGUUACAGCUUGAUCAGGCUGCACUUUAUACCGCGACUGAUGUACAACAGGAAUCUUGUUCGCCGGUUUGGUGAAUGGGCUGUCAUCUAUGGUGCUUCAGAGGCCGUUGCAGAAGCUUACGCAGAAGAGCUGGCGAGCCACGGCGUCAGCAUCAUCCUGAUCAGUCAGGACCGCAGUAGCGUGGAGGGCACUGCAAAGUCCAUUACUGAUUCCCACGGAGUUGAAACUGUUCUUCUCGAGGCAGAUUUCAGCCAAGGCCAUGCAGCCUGCAGACCAAUCCAAGACGCCCUGAUAAACAAAGAUAUAGGCUUUCUUGUGAACAGUGUUGACUUGUCUUUGGACUACUCGCAGAGGUUUACCGACCUCUCUGAAGACAGGCUCUGGGAAGCCAUCAACCGAAACGUCAUGGCGGCAACCCUAAUGACUCGUGUGGUUCUGCCAGGCAUGGUGGAGAGGGGAAGGGGGGCUGUGGUCAACAUCUCGUCAGGAAGGUGUUGUAAACCCACACUGAACAAGGCAGCCUUCUCUGCGUCCACGGCCUACCUUGACCACAUCAGCCGUGCCCUGCACUAUGAGUACAGCCACAGGGGCAUCUUCGUGCAGAGCUUGGUCCCCUUCAGCGUGGCCUCUCCGGAAACCGAGGACAGCCGGGUCAGGACGAGGUGUGGAGGGUGGCUGGUUCCCCAUCCACGAGUGUAUGCCCGCCAUGCCAUCUCCACCCUGGGCAUCUCCCACAGAACCACGGGGUACUGGCCCCACUCUCUGCAGUUUUGGCUGCUGCAGUACAUGCCUGAGUGGAUGUGGGUCUGGGGUACGCACAUGCUCACUGGGACAGGCUGAAAGAGCUCCUUCACUCCCCGCUUUACUGACAGCUGCCCAACAGCUGUAUGUCUUACAUUGGUGUGCUUGGUGGUUACAUUUUUUUGUGGUGACAUUUUUAUCACAUCACAAUUUUCGUAAAUAAGCAAAAAGAUACUUGCUACAACUUGAAUGUGAAAAGGUUGCACUGGGAGACAAGCUUUCUUUUGGUCAAGAAUUAUAAUAAUUUAUUUUUACUAAAUUAUUUUAUUGCAAUUUACAAUAACUUCUAGCAUUCAAACCUUAAUCCAUAUUUGAUGCUGUGGUGUAAAAACCCAAUUUCUCAAUGGGAUGAUAACAGGAGAAGUAUAGAAAUCUACAGCUAUGCCUGAUUUCAGUCUAAUAUUGCACUUUGACAUUUUUUAAACAAGUGGUGUGUUGAUAAUAGUAAUUUCAUUAACCAUGAAAAUGCUUUGAGCUUUUGAAAUGCAACACCUGCAUAUACACUGUUAACAAAAUUAAGGGCAAAAUUAAGUUGGACUGAAUUUGAGCCUACAUUCAAGAGUCUUGCAAAGAGUUUGCAAAAUGUAUAUGAAGUGGCUUUCCCCCACUGUAUUAAGAAUGGUUUCAUUUUUGGAACAAAGUUUUUCUCAUUCUAUAUAUUAUGAUUUCCUUAUAUGAAUAUAGGAAGAACAGUGUGUUGUAUAAAAAUGAACAUUCAAAGAGCUUUAUUUAGUGUGUUAGUGUGCAGAGGUUGUGUAGUGAAGUGUAACAACCCCGUAUUACUGCUGCUCUGUCAGUGUAGUAAUAACAUAUCAUAAUGAACACUCCCUGUUUAUUACAUGCCUUUGAUUUGAUCAUAACGCAGGUGAGCUUUGAAUAUACAAUACAUAUCGACAAUAAAAUUAUUGAUGACA